AUGAUGACUUUCAAAAUUAAACAUAUUAUCCAAUUAUUUUCUAUCGUAUUGUUAUUAAAUAUCAUAUGUGCUGCUACUCAAGCACCUUCUCAACGUCGAGUAUCAACUUCUCAACGUCGAGCAUCAUCUGUAUCAAGUAAUCAACGAUCUACUGAUAGUGGUUAUAAAUAUGCUUGGUUCACAAGAGAUAUUCAUGAUGAUAUCAACAGUGAUGAGGGAAACAAUGAUCAACAAUUACAAUUAUCUCCACAAACAAUACUUCGUAUGAAAAUACUUAAAAGUAUUUAUAAUCGAAAAUAUCAAGAUAGCGAUGCAACUUCAUCCGAAUCAAAUGAAGAUCGUUAA